ACCUUCUUAUAAGCCCAAGGCUUUCAUUCUCUGAACAGUCCCUCUCCACCGUCCCGCGAUUGCAGGGCUUUGUUCGUUCCUUCCCUCCUCUCUUUCUUUUUCUUUCUUUUUCUUUCAUUUCGGAGCCCUCGAUCGAAUUGAACUAAUCCUCCAUUGACACAAAUCUUCUGCAAAUCCCCAAAAUAUCCUCUCAAUAAAGGGCAUGUUCGACCUUUGAUCUCUCAUUUGGUUUCUCAGAUUCGCCACGGAGAAUCUUUCCAAGGGAGUUGAGAUUUCUAGGGUUUCUUCCUGUUGUAUUUUGGGCUUCCUUUCUGGUUGGUUGGGAGGCUUACUUUCGAGGGCUCUGGUCGUCUUGGGUCCUUCGUAAUAGCAGAUCUGAGUUUCGGAGACUCGUGGAGGCGAUUUCGCAGUUCAAUUGCGCCUGUCAAGAUGUUUUGGCGUAUGGCGGGAUUGUCCACCGCGUCUCCUGUGGAGACAAUUUUGGAUAAAGAAAACUUUACAUUGGAGGAGCUUCUUGAUGAAGAUGAAAUAAUUCAAGAAUGCAAAGCUCUCAAUGGCCGCCUUAUCAAUUUCCUGAGAGAAAGGGCUCAGGUGGAGCAGCUGCUUCGGUACAUUGUUGAACAAGCUCCUGAGGAUGCUGAAAAGAGACGCACUUUCAAGUUUCCUUUCAUUGCGUGUGAGAUAUUCACUUGUGAGGUUGAUAUCAUACUCAAAACAUUGGUAGAGGAUGAGGAGUUGAUGAAUUUGUUGUUCUCAUUCUUGCAACCUAACCACUCUCAUAGCACGCUAUUAGCUGGGUAUUUUAGCAAGGUUGUCGUAUGCCUGAUGUUGCGGAAAACUGUUCCAUUUAUGAAUUUUGUUCAAGCUCAUCAGGAAAUUUUCCACCAGCUUGUUGAUCUUAUUGGGAUUACAUCCAUAAUGGAGGUUUUAAUUCGUCUAAUUGGUGCGGAUGAACAAAUGUACACGAACUACAUGGAUGCAAUGCAGUGGUUGGAAGAUACAAAUGUGCUUGAGAUGAUUGUGGAUAAGUUUAGCUCAUCUGAUUCUCCCGAAGUGCAUGCCAAUGCUGCAGAAACACUCUGUGCCAUAACUCGGUGUGCUCCUCCAGGACUUGCUGCAAAAAUCUCCAGUCCAAGUUUUGUGGGAAGAUUAUUCCAUCAUGCAUUGGAAGAUUCAAGACCAAAAUCUGUUUUAGUUCAUUCAUUGUCUGUAUGCAUAUCCUUAUUAGACCCUAAGAGGUCAGCAUUAGGUCCAUAUCACACAUACAGUCGCCAGAUGAAUCAUGGACCAGCUAUAACUGCUGAUCCAGAGACGGUUGAAGGCAUGUUGGGGAGCCUUGGUGAUUUACUCAAGCUUUUGGAUGUCUCAUCUGCCAAUAAUGCAUUGCCAACAACUUAUGGGAAAUUGCAACCACCUCUUGGAAAACAUCGUUUGAAGAUUGUGGAGUUUAUCUCUGUCUUACUGACAAUUGGGAGUGAAGCUGCUGAGAAGGAAUUGAUUCGACUAGGAGCCAUACAACGCAUUCUGGAUUUGUUCUUUGAGUACCCAUUCAAUAACUUUUUGCAUCAUCAUGUUGAGAAUAUUAUAAUAUCAUGCCUGGAGAGCAAGAAACCUCCACUUAUUGAACACCUUCUUCAAAAUUGUAAUCUUGUUGGUAAAAUACUUGAAGCAGAAAAGAAUUUCACAUUGGCAACUGAUCCUAACAAGCCGACAGUUUCUGCUGAGGGAAAAUCAUCACCAAGGAUCGGGAAUAUUGGACACCUCACACACAUAUCGAACAAGCUCAUUCAAAUGGCAAAUAAUAACAGUCAAAUUCAGGCGCAUCUGCAGGAAAACACUGAGUGGAUAGAUUGGCAUGCAAAUGUCCUAAUCAAGCGCAAUGCUGUGGAGAAUGUUUACCAAUGGUCAUGCGGGAGGCCAACUGCAUUACAGGACCGGACUAGGGAUAGUGAUGAUGAUGAUUUCCGAGACAGGGACUAUGAUGUGGCAGCACUGGCAAAUAACUUGAGCCAGGCCUUCAGAUAUGGCAUUUACAGUAACGAUGACAUUGAAGAGGCUCAUGGUUCACUUGAACGAGAUGAUGAGGAUGUUUACUUUGAUGACGAAUCUGCAGAAGUAGUAAUAUCUUCUCUACGUCUUGGUGAUGAUCAGGACAGUGCCUCUCUCUUUACGAACUCCAAUUGGUUUGCCUUUGAGGAUGAUAGAAUUGCUAAUGAGCGAUCUACUGGCUCACUUGCUUCACCAUCAUCGAAUGUUGAGGAGAGUGGUCUUGUUAGCAGUAGUAGUGAUGACGAAGUCAUUGUUGGCGAAGAUGAUGACUUAGUUGAUACAGCAGUAUCUACUCAAGUGACUGAACCAGUCUCCAAUCCAGAGGAUCCCAGCAAUGCAGUUUCACUAAACGGUUCACUAGAGAAUCUGAAGGAAGAAAUAAGACCUUUGGGAAGUGACAAACAGCCAGAAUGGGUUCAGUGGAGAGAAACAUCUGACUCCUGUGGUCCAUCUGAUGUAGAUCAACCUCUGGCUUUACCAAAUGGCGAGGUUGGAACAGAUUUAAAAGAUCACAUUGAGUGUGUCCAAACAGAUUCAACUGGACCCUCACCAUCAUCUACUGAUGCAAUAGUUGAUGGUGUUCCAACAUAUGCAAGUUCCAGCCCAGCUGAGCAUUCAGAACCAGCUGACAAAAAUCCAAGUAUUGAUUCAACUGCAUUUGAAGAUGUAGACAUAGUUGAAAAGGGUGUCACCGAGGUUGCAGAUCAUGAGAAGAAAGCAGUUGAUAAUGCAGGAAACUAAUUUAUGAAUUUAUUUGGUAGACUACCUCCAGUUGAGGGGCUUGAUCUGGCAGGAAAAGGAUAUGCAAGAUGCCAGGUGGGGUCUUUGUCAGUUAGUGACUGCUGUAUCUUUAGAGCCUUUGUACAUCUCUGAGGGCUUCAUUGUUAACUAGGUGGAUAAUUCUUUUCCCUACUCCGGCAAGCACAGUAGAAAAAAAAAUGGUGCUCUGUGUAACUUUGAGCAAAAGGGGAAAAGGGGCAUGUUUCGUUUCUGAUACUGCUUCAGAGCAAUAUAUGAUUCUUCAUGAUUCACCGCAGAUAGGUUGGUUGGUGGAUGACUUCUCCAUUUCAUUUGCUGUUUGAUCUCUUCCAUUUUGCUGCAUCAUAAAUGGGCAGUGAUCCUGCUUCUGUCACUUAGCGGAUGUCAAUGGAUGCCUUGAUACAAGGACCCUCUACGUUCUUUAAAAUUUCUGUUUAGAAACUGCAGAGUAUGGUUGAUUGUCUUUUAUUUGCCUUUCAAUUGAGUGUCUUGAUUGCAGGUAUUCGACCUGUUAUGUAAACAUCUCAACCAUUGUAUUAUAUAUCUUAAUCUAAUCCAGGUUCAAGAUAGCAGUUCUCAUUCAUUCA